AUGGAGCUUUUUGAAUCAGAAAGUGUUGCCUAUGGUGGCAUCAACACAGCAGCGCCAGCACAAGCACCGCAAUCACCGCCGCAGCAGCAUGAGGAGUUAACACAGGACCAAUCCGGUUCUUCCUUGAACAAACAGAGUUCCAUUUUCUUGCUUACUCUCGACGAGAUUCAACUAAAGAGUGGGAAGACUUUCGGGUCCAUGAACAUGGAUGAAUUCCUUGCCAACUUGUGGAAUGUGGAGGAGGAAAACCAGGCUCCACCACAAGUUAACCAAAACGAUCCUUGCAAUGACAAAGGUAACGGCGGCAAUGGAGGCCAACCGACAUUAGCACGGCAAGGCUCCUUUUCGAUCCCUACCCCACUUUGCAAGAAAACAGUGGAUGAGGUUUGGUUCGAGAUUCAAAAAGACCUACCGCAGCUGCGAGAAGCGAAUCACGAACCUCCUCAGCGCCAACAAACAUUCGGAGAGAUGACAUUGGAGGAUUUUCUCGUCAAAGCCGGAGUAGUUCAAGAAUCAGCAGCAGCAUCUUCCCAACAAAAGAAGGCGGCCCCUAUGCAGACCAACGGCACUAGUUUAGCUGGGAACUAUGGAAUGGGGGAUGGGAUCAGAUCUUCACAACAAAAGAUGUUGACAUCUGUUCAAAAUAACAGUGGAAACAUGGAUGCAAACUUUGGAAUGGGACAUGUAAUGGGGGUAGGAUUCCCAGGCCACCAAAUAGUUGCCAGCAACUUGGCUGCACCAGGCAAUGGUUACGCAACCGCAUACCCGAUUUUCACACAGAAUAAAACUGUUAUGGGGGAAUCUUCUAAUGUUGCUGAAAACGGAAAUGGAACCGAUCGUCUGUUAGAGCCUGUCAUGAUACAGAACAGGAAGAGGAUCAUAGAUGGUCCACUGGAGGUAGUGGUGGAAAGGAGACAACGUCGAAUGAUUAAGAAUCGAGAGUCCGCGGCAAGAUCCCGAGCAAGGAAACAGGCGUAUACAGUUGAGCUGGAAUUAGAGUUGAACCAACUCAAACAGGAGAAUGCAAAGCUUAAGCAGAUUGCGGAGGAAAACGAGCAAAGACGAAAGCAAGAGGUUCUGAAAAGAAAGCAGUCGAAAUUACCAUUACAAAGGAAGGUUGUUGAUAAGAUGAGGACAUUAAGGAGGACAGUGAGCUUGGGAUGA